AUGGUUAUUUCGGGUGGGAAUACUACGCCAAUGUUAACUGUGAUGCGGAGAAUUGACUUGUUUUGUAAAGCAGUUGCUCCGGUUGCCGUUGGCUUCUUGGCUUUGGCUGUAUAUAACUCAACGCCAGAAUUAGCAUUACCCCGAGAAUCUAAUCAAGCGGGCGGGCCCUUGCCCGAGACGGAAAAUGCGUCUUUUAGGGAUUAUACUCGACAUAAAAUUUUCCUGGCUAGUUUAUCCCUGGCCCUGUUAUAUCUUACUGUUCUUUCCUUUGGUGGGGUUAUGAUUUCUUAUCUGAAAUUAGUCAAUUAUCCAGAAUAUUUAUUAGGUAUUAUGAGAGCAGUAGCAGCCGGCAUGGGAAUUUUAGCAACCUAUUUAAUGCCAAUUUUGUCAAGGCGAAUUGGCAUUGUCCGCACUGGAUUAUGGUCUUUGUGGUCGGAAGUUCUGGCUUUAAUUCCAGUGGUUUUAGCCAUAGCCUUGGCAGGAACGCUUAGUAAAGGAACCACUUCAGCCUUAUUAUUUGGAGGAAUGGCUUUAAUCAUAGUUUCUAAUCCACAAUUAUUCAUUAUCCCUGCUGCUAUAUCUUUUGCCGCAGUUGCGAUCGCUGCUAUAAUUUAUUCGUUUUUUGUUUUCAAAGAACACGGGCAUUUAUUUCACAAGGAGAAGUUAAAAGACAUUCCAAGCAAAAGCAGUAAAAAAAUAUCUACAUUUUUUCUCGAUUUAACCAACAGAAAUAAAAAAGAGACCGCUCAAAUAGAGGAAGUUCCUGACAUUCCAUUAGAAACAAUUGCUAGCACUUCAUCAGAGCCAGUAGCAGGGGAAAUAACUCAAAACUUAGGAGAAACUUUUCGGCAAAUACCAGUGGAGGAGGAAAUAAUAGAAGAAGAAAUCACCGCCUCGGUUCAGCAAGAUGAUUAUUCUCGCUAA